CAACUCAUGGCCUUUCCAAGCGGGACAACUUGUGUAAGGGUCGGGGGGUACAGUUUCCAAACAGUUUCCCAAGUACGACCCGCGUGAUGGAGCAUUGUUGAAAAGCAUAUAUGAAGGCAAAGGGUUGAUACAAAAAGUUGAUUCUACAAGCGCUUUCUGCUAGUACCAAAAUAUGACUCGUACUCUUCUCGCUGCUACCAUCUUUGCAACUUUUGCUGCUCUCGGUCAAGCUGCUGUUCCUGCUGGCGCGAACGGAUUCUCUCUUGUCUGGAGUGAUGACUUCACUGGAGCUGCUAACACUGCCCCUAGCAGUUCCUGGCAAUAUGACACUGGAAAUGGUGUUUUCGGUACUGGUGAAAUUGAGACGAUGACCAACAGCAUUAAGAACGUGUAUCAAGACGGAAAUGGCAACCUGCGCCUUGUGGCAUUGGGAAGUGGUACCAGUUGGACCUCCGGAAGAAUUGAGACUGUCAGAAGCGAUUUUGCCGCACCUGCUGGUGGUAUUUUAGCUGUGGAAGGACGUAUGCAGUUGCCUGCUGUCACAGGAGCUGCUGCUGCUGGUUACUGGCCAGCAUUCUGGAUGCUUGGCUCUACUUUGCGCACUGGUACUUCCUGGCCCGGUUGCGGAGAGAUUGACAUUAUGGAGAAUAUUAACGGUAUCAAUGAGGUUUUUGGAACUCUUCACUGUGGUACAUCUCCUGGUGGUGACUGUAACGAAUCCACUGGUCUUGGAGGAAAUAAGCAAAACAUUUCCCCAUCACUUCAGUCUGCUUUCCACGUUUAUCGUAUGGAACUUGAUCUUGGAGCCAAUAUCAUUCGUUGGUACAUCGAUGGUACUCAAUACUGGCAAGUAGCUUCCAGUGCAGUUUCUGCCGCAACCUGGACUGCUGCUACCAACCACGGAUUCUUCAUCAUUCUUGAUUUGGCUAUGGGAGGAGGCUUCCCUGAUGCCUUUGGAGGUGGUCCAACCAGCUCUACACAAUCAGGCUCACCCUUCAUCAUUGAUUACGUUGCGGUUUACACCAAGGCCGGAAGCGGCGGCAGCACUGGCGGCACUGGCUCCGGUUGUACCCAAGGAAGCUGCGGAUCUGGACAAUGCUCUUGCGGCGGUGCUUGCUACAGCGCCAGCCAAUACACUUGCAUUGGUACCACUCUCUGCCCUACUGGUGAUCAACUUUGUGGCACUGCAUGCUACAGCCCUUCAAUGUACACUUGCAACGGAGGAACUCUUCAACAAGUUUAAGAAAACAUCAUGUAUGAUAUAUGUACUUUAUAGUUAUAUAUGGGCGAUAUUUUGUGAAAUAAAAAUCGCAUAUG